AUGAGCAAUUACCACGAUCAUCACACCUUAUUAAUAUUGGAAGAUUUUUCAUUCAUUCCCAUGCUUUCGGAGUGCUUGUUUCAAAAAUUGAGACGGAAAUAUAUUCCAUUUAGUUUGAAAUUUAAAUUAUGCGGAGAGAUGUUAGCUGGAGAUGACCAUGUAAAAACUCAAAUGAAUGAUUUAAUUGUUGAUGCAAAGAAUGAAAAGAUUUAUGUGGUUGGAGUGACACCUUUUAUACACGUAUAUGAUUAUCAAACAAAACACUUUAUGUACGAUAUUCAGAUUUCUCAAAACACAAUUCUGAGAGCUUUAGCUUUGGAUCAUAAUGAAAACUCACUGAUUGCAGGUGCUGAUUUUUUGGUUAAAUACGAUUUAACACAUAAGAAAAUCUUAUGGACAUUAAUAGCUCCACAUAUUUCACUUGUAUGUGCCAUGACUGUAAAUAAGUUUGAUGGCACAAUUUAUAUUACAUGUUUUAGGGAGGGAGUUGUAGUUGUUUCAAAAGCUGGAAAAGUGUUAACAACUUUUUCUCAAGAUUGUGAUGGACCCUGGGGAAUACAAACGAUUCAUGCUGUUGACAAUAGUAAUUAUUUGAUUAUUUCCAAUUUUUGGAAUCGAAAUUUGGUAGUAUUUAAACAACGACAAGCAAAUAAUCGAUCCAUUGAAUUUGAUACUCUUAGGACUUUUCAGCUUGAUGAAUUUUUUGGCGUAAGAGGAUUGUUUUUUGAUGAAUGGAACAAUCAACUCUUUGUUUGUGAUGAACAAGCUGCACGCAUUCACAUCUUUUCAUUGCCUAAAAACGGCGACUUUGUCAACCGUGCAAACGAAUUUCAACGAAAAUCAUUCGAGCAAUUUUUUCACAACAACAAGCCGAUCGGUGUCUCAAUGGACUACUACAAGGGACAGCUUUACGUUGUGCCAGCUUUUUCUAAACGUAUUUCAAUAUAUGAAUAA